GCGCUUGGUUGCUUGGUAGCUCUCUCGUUGCUUAGGAGUGGCCGGUGUCGACUUGUCGAAUCUCUGUUUGCUGCGCCGUCGCUUGUCGUUGCCAUUGUUUUUGGAUUGAAGUUGGGAUCGAGGCGGCACUCAUUUCCUUUUUGGCUUUUGGGUCCCUGUUUUUUGGGGCUGGGAAAAAGCUCGAGGGCAUCUCGAGUCAAGCGCAAAGUCCAGUCGACUCCAUCGUAUCGUGAAAACGAGACCAAGCAACAUGCCAGGGAGCCAAAGCCUCCGUUUCCCCUUCCAAGACGACAACCUCAGCGAAGAUGACCUAUUCGUCCCCUUCUCAUCAAUGAGACUCGACCCACCCUUAGAAGACGACCCCAGCAUCAGCUUCGCGCUCGCCGACAUAGACGUGAGCGAUGACGAGGGCGAACCAAUUCCCUUGAGUCCCAACCAUCGUUCGGUUCCUGGUAUAUUCACAGGGAUCUUUUCCAGACCCCAAUCAGCCCGAGACACUACUUAUCAGCAGACGAGAGACUCCCUCACAGCUAUAGUGAACAGACUCAUGCAACUCGAGCGCCUCGUUGGUCAGCAUAGAUCUGCUCCGGUACCAAUCGCGAUCCAUACCCAACCAGCGUUGUUCGAUGAGCCGCCGUACCCUAACCAGCCGGCGAACUGGGAGACGCACCACGAGUACUUUCUUUGGUCGUGUCGAGGUACCGUCUCUACCAUCACGGACCAUCUUCAGGCGGUUUUUCAAUUCUUGCCGCCGUUGGAGCGGUCGUUCGUCAGGGCCAAACUGAAUGACCACAACGCUUUGAGGCAGUUUGAAUUCCUGCAAGAGUACCUCCCGGGCGAGUCCCACUCGAUGCAGCGUGCAGAGGCUCGUAUUAUCUUGUGGGAGACAGGUAUAUCGGACCCAGAUGCUCUAGAGGGCAGACAGCGCAUGGAGAUACCCCAAUUCAGUCCCACAGACCAUCGAUACGAGAGACCUAAAAUGCCACAUGGCCAACCUCCUUUCACCGACUGGGUGCACAUUCAUGAUAGUUAUCUCUUGCUGUUUUUGGGCCAUCACCCUCACGUCUUUUUGCGACAGUGUCAUUGGAUGUUCGAUUGCCAGCCGACGGACCAUUUUGUUUCUAUUAGAAUGGCUCAGCUUCCGUUUUUGGGUAUUUCCGCAGAGGAUAUUAGCGAAGCAUUGGUGACUUUAAAGCGGUUUGGUUCGCCAGCAGCGGCCGUUGAAGAAGGUGUUUUGGUGAUUUGAAUCAGCCAACUGAUGCUUUUGAAGGCAUGGAGCAUUGGUUAUUUAGGGUGUCGGACUGCGCGGUAGAAGCUAUCAUGAGUUUUGCUACGUAUAAUUCCGGUUAAUGGUUGAUACCGAAUGUAUUUCCCAGAUAAUUAAAA